AUGGCCUCGUGCAACAACUCCAUUCCCCAGCCUUUAAUUUUUAUUCUUGCUGGAAUUCCUGGCCUGGAAUCUUCCCAUGGCUGGUUCUCUGUGCCUUUUUUCUUGGUAUUUAUUAUUACAAUCACUGGUAAUGUCACCAUUUUAUAUGUCAUCUGGGAGGAGAAGAGUCUUCAUGAGCCCAUGUUUCUCCUCCUGGCGAUGCUGUCAGUGAUUGACCUGUUCCUGGUCAGUGUCACGGUACCCCGGAUGCUAGCUAUCUUCUGGAUGGAUGCCAAGGAAAUCAACGUUAAUUCCUGCCUCACCCAGAUGUUUUUCAUUCCCUCUUUUUAUGUCAUGGAGUCUGGGAUUCUCUUAGCCAUGGCUUUUGACAGAUUUGUGGCUAUCUGGAACCCUCUGCGAUAUACAACGAUCCUAGAGAAGAACAUGCUUGUGAAGAUGGCCCUGGCUGUUCUGGCAAGGGCAGUGGCAGUGCUGACUCCAGCACCCGUCUUGGCAAAAAGACUGGACAGCUUCCAAACCGAUGUUAUUGCUUACUCCUACUGUGCUUACAUGGCUGUGGUAAAAAUAGCCUGUGGAGACAUUUCUAAUCACAUCGUCUAUGGUAUCAUGGUGAUCGUCUCAUCGGUGGGAUUUGAUCUCUUUUUUAUCAUUCUGUCCUAUGGCAUGAUCCUUGGUGUUGUCUUUCGAAUACCAUCUUGGGAGGCGCGGGGCAAAGCUCUUAGCACAUGUGGCUCUCAUCUCUGCAUCAUUGCCCUCUUUUAUUGUCCUGUUGUCUUCUCUGUCCUGGCACAGAUCUGUGGCUACCACGUGGCUCCUCAUCUGCAAAUCAUUAUUGACAACCUAUACUUCCUGGUGCCUCCCAUGGUCAAUCCCUUAAUUUAUGGGGCUCGGACUAAACAGAUGAGGGAAAGAGUGCUGCGAUUCUUCCACUGUCGUAAAGACUGA